CCCGGCAACCCACGCGCCCCCAUUGCCCGCUAAAGCUGCAAGCCUGACGCGCCGGCUCCCAGGUUUCGGUGACAGAUGAUCGGCACAGAUGUUGUUUAUUUGUCUUUGUCAAACUUACAAAUUAUAGGGUGGCCCUGGAAAUAGGUCCCCGCUCUUCAAUCCGAAUGACUGGCCCCUUCCCAGAGAGUGAGACCCUUCCCAGAGCUCGUGCCUGGGGACUGCCCUCUCCCUCACGGAGCUGUCAUCCCCUGAUUACAAACUGGAAGUUCUGAGGUGGAAGAACUUUGCUCUUUUGUUUUCUUUCGUUUUCUUUUGUUUUUUAAAUGGCAUUUUAAAGUUUACAAAGUACUUUUUCUCACCACACUGUGAGGUCAUAUGUGAAACAGAUUUACUAAAACAUCAAAUUAUGCAGAAAAUCUCCAAGAGAAAUAGUAAUUCACCUACUGCUGGUAAAGACCUCAACCCUGUUUGUCCUGAUAAGAAGAAGAAAGAAAAUAAAGACAAUUUUGUUGAAAUAUUACCUCCAGAAGUAACUUUUAAAAUCUUUAGCCAACUUGACAUUCAGAGUUUAUGCCGGGCUGCAACAAUAUGCAAGAGCUGGAAUCAAGCAAUCAAGAAUUGUGACUACUUAUGGAAACACCACUGUUUGACUGUUAGAGCAAUAUGUCAAAAAGAGAUAGAUGGCGAUCGAGGAAAUGGAUAUUCAUGGAGGGUAACACUGCUGAGGAACUAUUGGAAGAGUAAGGUAAAGCAUGAAUGGCUGAGUGGCAGAUAUAGCAACAUUUGCUCUCACAUUAGCCUACCAGAGAAAAACAUGUGCCCUAUGGAUGCAGAGACCUGGGGGGAAAUUCUAGAAGCAGAACUUGAAAGAUAAACUGAAAAAUCCAGGAGAGAUCUCAUCUUUCAAGAGUCAAAAGCAAACAUUGCUAUGGUGCAAAUACUAUGUACUGUUAUUUGCUUAUUGUUCAUUUGUUUUUAUUUUGAACUUUUAAAGGAAUCUUAUAUGAAAUGUAACCUUUAUUUUUAUUUUGCACUUUACACCUUCCCCUAAAAAAAUGUAUUUGAUAUUUUUAUUGAAAGAAUGGAAUUCCAGUGAUGAUAUUUUUAAAAGGAUUGCUUUCAAGAUUUGUGUAAUACCGGUUUUAUAAAAUACUAUUAUUGUGAAAUAAUAGGAAAAACAGUGGAAUUUGAAUAAAUUGGGGUUCUUAAUGUUUUAAAUUAAAAGUUGAAUAUCUUCAGGAAGAAACUUUGUUUAAAAUAGUGUACUCUUAAAUUGUGUUCUAUGAUAAGCAAUUAAAAAAAAAAGAUUGAAAGAACAAUCAGGUGUUUGGGAAAAUGUCCCCAACCAUAUAAGCAAACUUCCUUCUCUAACUAGAUGUAUUUUAGAUUGUUAACAACAGCAAACAGAUCUGACCAAAUAAAGGGUGUUAAAGCACUUAGAACUACUAUUAAGUUAUAAGGUAUUUUCAUCAUCACAUUUUUGUAUCUUGAAUGUGUUUGUGUCCACAUGUGAAGUUGUUUGGGGGUACUUUUUUACUCAUAUACACUAUAUGCUGGCUGACUUACAUUAUAUCCAUUAUUAUUUGUAUUGUUUCUUUGUUUUCCAUUCCUACUAUUUCAAUAUUGUAUCUAGUCAAACUGAAUUAUUUCAAAUAAGAGGAAACAAAGAUCCAGAGAGGUGAAAUGGUUUGACCAAGAUUAAUUUGACAGGUAAAGAAAGUCAAGGUUGAGAUUCCAAAGGAAAGGCAGGAGGGAAAUAAUUUUAAAAAGACAUUUCUUCUCUUCUAGCUCCCUCUUGAUUCUCUGGAUUUUUCUACUAUGCCUUCUUAUCUCCACCACCACUCCCACCUCCUACACUUUCUUCUCCCAUAAACUCCAGUGGAUUGAUGACUGUUUUUUUUUUCUCUUGUAUUUGUAUUCCUAGCAUUUAGCAUCCUGAGUAGUGUGGAAAGGAAAACUGAAGCAAGUUUUGGACUUUCUGCCACUCAGGUGGAACAAACAGCAAUUGGAAUGUUAGAAGAUAUUGACAAGAAUGACGGUGGGGGGAGGGAACUUGGAGAGUGACAGUUGGUCUCAGGACUCUCUUUCCUGGACCUGGGACAGGAAGGAGCACUCUCACCCUGCCUUGGGUUAGAAGUGCCUCUAUUCCCGAUUUUCCCAACUGUGUGCCCUACCUAGAUUCCUGGGAUCAUGUCAUCGAACAAAAGGAUUUAAGGAGAGCGGUUUGAACUUAAGGCCAGUCUUUAGGGGCCUCAGCCUGAAGAGACAGGCUCAACCAGCUCCGAAAGUCAGAACAUUUUCUUCCUCUUGCUGUCUACUGCUAAGAUUUUGAACUUAAGAAAACUAGCAUAGAUUAGCAUAGACAGGAAUAAAAGAAACCCUCCACCAGCUGGUGAGGCCUGGCCUCAGCUCAGAAGCUGGGAGGAAAUUCAAACCCAUUCUAGGAAAAUCUGGAUUCCUUCUUCCCUGAUAUUUCCCAAUCCAAACUUGUUAUUAAAAUUCAUCUUUAUUUAAAUAACUGCAGUCAGAUAAGAGGACAAUCAUUUCAGGGAGACAUAGAAGAAACUGAACCUCAGGACAGUCAUUCAACCAUAAAUAGUCCUUAUCAGACCCCUGCUGGACGACCUUGGAGGGGGGAGGCUUGUCCCUCAGGGGGAUCCGUGCUUACCUGCUCUGGACUAUCUUCAACAUCAAUCAAUAGAGAAGACAUCCCCUCAGGCUAUCAUAGGUGUCCCAUUUCUUGGGAACCCCAAUUUUCAAAGAUAGCCUCUCAGCAAGGGUAUCUCUCUCCUUUUACCUCACCAGCAGCCAUAUUCCCUCUCUCCCUAAACCUUCCUUAUCCCCUAUUCUUCAAUUCCCUACAAUUCUUUUAAAUAUUAAAGUAGUUCCUGUUAAGUGUUUAACAAAUGAAUGACCUAUCUAUGAAUGAGGUGAUGGUGGUGAGAACCCCAGUCUGGGAAUCAGUAAAACCUGAAUUCAAAUCCAAUCUGAGUCAUUUACUAGCUGUGUGACCCUGGAUAAGUCACUUAACCUCUGCUUCAGUUUCCUUAACUGCAACAUGUGCCUAAUAAUAGCAUCUUUCUCCCAGACUUUUUGGAAGAAUCAAAUAAGAUAUUUGUAAAGUGAUCAGCAUAAUGCCCAGUACAUCGCAGGCAUUAGAUAAAUGUUUCUUGUUGUUGUUAAAUAGCAUAAAAAAAUGUUUUAACUACUCUCAUUACUGUUUAAUAUGCACUACAUUGAAUAAUAGCCCAGUAAUUUAACAAUCUCAGAUAUUUGCAGUAUUUUUAUGGUAUUUUCCUAUCUCUCUGUCCAUUCUCACAUGUUAUCCUCACAAGAGUCCCAUAGAUUUAUAGAUGUGUUUUACAGAUAAGGGAAAGCUUUCAAGGUGAAGAAACUUGUCCAAGAUCAAGUGGCUAAUUAGUGUUUUGAUCUUGGAUUUUGAAAUCUGAUAUUUCCCUUAUUCGAUGUCUCAUACAGUGGUAUUAAACUCUAUAGAAGAAUCC